AUGUCGUAUAAUUCUGCUAUCACCACGUAUAAAAAAUUCGAUAACAUUCUCGUUUCAAAAAUAUGUUGCGAUUGUAAAUUAAUAUGCACAUGUUUAAUUGAACAAGGUACAAAGUCAUCGUCAAUAUCAAUUCUAUGUCAUCGUGCCGUGUUGGUAAUGAGUGAAUAUUUUCAAACAUAUUUCAAAUACAAUCAACCUGAAAGCUUAUUUGAUGAUGAACAACAAGCAUACAUAAAUGUCUACAAAUGUACAUUUGAAUGUCGAGAGGAAACUUUACGUUUUUGUAUUGAUUUACUCUAUCAAACAUUGUCAUUAGCAGGAAAUGGACAAAUGGAAAUUAAUUUUGAUAAUUUAGAAGAUAUAUUAAAUAUGAUGAUGUUUUUAUGCUUAUCGAAAUAUUAUUUUCAAAUAAUUUUAAUCCCUCUGUUAAAAAAAAUGCUUAAUGAGCAGGAACAAUCGUCUGUUUAUGGUGAACAUAAACGUCUUUUAUGUCAAAUAGUUCGUUCUUCAUUUGAUAAAUCAAUAAAGAAAAAUUUUCUUCGUCGUACACUCUGUUUAUUGAAUGAUGACGAUCGUACUGAUCUAUUAGAGUAUUGUUUUAUUGAACAUAUCUAUUCGCCUAAAUCCUAUUUUGAUCCAGAAGAAAAUCGAUUAAUACUCGGACCAAAUGAACCGUUUGAACAUCAAGGUGUUGUUUAUAGUAUAGGUUUGAUUGAAUCAUCAAGUUCUCAAGGCGAUACCACUCAGUUCUGGUUUAAAUCCGAACGUCUGGUGUGUGAAAAUAGUUGUACAUACGCACCAUCAUCAGUAUUUCGUUCUCAAGAAUCGCCAUCUGAUCAAUCAACAUUACCCUCUUAUUACGGUUUAGCAACGAUUUAUAUAUUUAAUGAUCUUGAAAAACCAGAAUGGUAUCGUAUAGCAUCGAAUACAACUCUAGUCAAUAGUGCACAAGAUCUUAAUGAACGUUAUCGUCUCAUUUUUCCGUUGAAAAAACUCCGUUUACAGCGAAAUUUUUUACUACCAUAUCAAUUACAGACGGACACCUAUUCAGAUCGGUAUUCUUGUACAAUCGUUAAACGCUAUCCAAAACACGUUGCCUUUAACUUUGAAAUUAUAUUUGAAUAUGACGUGGUUUUAAUGGAUGAAACAGAAAACUAA